UAGGCUUUUUCUUCAUGGAUAUACAUGGGGUUGCUGCCCGUUGCAAUCAUGAGUCCUCUUGCCAUCAUUACCCCUCUUGAAAUCUCUCUCUCUCUCUCUCUCUCUCCCCACAUCUCUCUCUCAAGAUUUACAAACCAAGCCAGGGGCACCACAUGGGUGCAGCACACAUACUACAAAUGCUGAUAUAAUUGCAAGCCCACCUAUUUAUACAUUCUCCUAACCCUCCACUCUCUUCUCAAUUUCCCACUCAUUCAUUCCAAACCACUUUGCUGCUUCUUCUUCUUCUUCUUCUUGUAUUUGUAAUAGAAGAAACUUUAGAAGUAAAUAAACUGCAGAAAAAAUGUGUACUGGCUCCACAGAAUGGUUUCCACCACCCACACUCGAUUCGUCUACACGAAAACAAGGAUCAAAGCGACCUAAGGUUCGAGUUCAUAGGCUCAACAGGAGGAAGAGAAGAUCAUGUGAAGAGAAGGUUGGGGAGGACAUAGAACUAAAGAACUUGAAGCUAUAUAUGGAGAACAUGUCUAUUUUACAAGAGAACCAGAAGUUGAGAAUGAAAGCUACUCUCCUCCAUCAAGAGAACCUCGCCUUGAUGUCUGAGUUGCACAACAAACUCUCUCAUCAUUCCAAUUCUGUCUCAUCCACCACCACCACCACCACCACCCUUUUUCUACUUCCCAAACACUAGUAUCUCUCUCUCUCAUGAAUUUGGUUAAAUUUUAAAAUAAGCAAAGUAUGAUGAGCUUGUCUAGCAUUUUAUAUAUUUCUGCUUGAUGAAUUUUUAAUGUGAAAUCUAAUUAAUGGCUACUUUCUCUGAUAUUCAUAAUUUUAUGUAUUAAUGGGUACCCCCCUGUAUUUUGUAUUUUAUUUGUAUUGGAGGAUAUAUUAAGAUGAAGAGAUUUAAUUUUGCAUGAAAUAGUUUAAUGUUUGGA